CGUUCGAUUCAUAACGUGCGAAUGUAGUUUUUUUUCACAUUUGCCACCGAUAACAAUUCGCGACACAUUCAUUUUAUUUAAAUUUUUCCAAACGACAACCAUACCAUUCAACAUCACACUCAAUAACCCGAGCGAAAAUCAGAAGUGAAAACGAAAAGAUUAAUUGGUGAAUAUUUUGUUGAAUUUUUUUUUUUUUUUGAAACAAACGGAGAAACAGGAGAGUAAAACGCGCUAUGGCAUCUUAUAAAUUCUAUUUGGUUUCUUUGUGUUUUACGUGGUUGAUGUGUAUUUCAAAUGCUCACGUUGUACAUUUUCAACCAUGUGCAGGCGACUGUAUCAUACACGAAGUACGAGUCAAUCCGUGUCCUGAAUUCGAACAGCUUGGUUUUUGCAAAUUGAAACGUGGCAAAUCGGCAACAAUAGAAUUUGAUGUAACACCACAAUGGAACGCGACCAAAGUUUUUGGAGCGGUAUAUUCGGCUACCGAUGAUGGUGAUGUACCGCUAGCUGGAAUGAACACAAACGCAUGCAUGCAUACAACAUGUCCAUUUAUAAAAGACCACAGAAGAUAUACGUAUAGCUAUAGUCUAGCGUUGGCUAAGAAAUUCCCAACGAGUUUAUACACGAUCAAAUGGGUCCUUCGUAAUGAGGAAAAACCGGAGCCCACCUCCGAGCAAUGCUGCUUCACAACCAAAAUCAAACUCACAAAAUAAAAAGAAAAAAACACCAUCACCCCUUCCCGCUCAUACAGACAUCAUCAUACUCACUUGAAUAAAGAAAGAGAGCGCGAUUAUUUUUAUCGGCUCCGUUUUAAUGUUGUAAAAUGUGAAUUUUAUAAAGAAAAUAAACACCGUUUCUUUCGGAGACAGAA